UCCUCAGAGCCAGAGAAACUUUAUCAAAGGAUUAAAACUUAUAUAAACAAAGAUCCCUUUAUUUGAAGCUCUGAUUCAGAGCAAGACACUCCAGCUUAUGUGUGUGCAGAGAUUUAUUCAUAUUUGUUACUUAAUAUAUAAUUUUUUAGAAAUCUGAUGAUCUUACAGUAUUGAAGCAGCAGUGAAUGACAGCAGUGAAUGAAGAUGAUGGUGAAUACUAAGUUACCAUUGCUAUAAUAGCUACCGCUGAUUCAAUACCAAAGAAGUUUCAGGUUUCCAUGAAUCAGCAGUGCCCCAGAAAGUCUUUCCCUUCUUGAAACUCCAGGGAAGUAGUGGAAUGCAAAGAACUUGAAGAGGGAGCCUAGCCAAACAUAUUUUUGAACUUUGAACUAAGAAAUAUCAAGAUUUAAAUCAUAAAUACUUUGGAACACUCCGAAGAGCAACAUGGGAGAAACUGAAAAAAUUGAAACCCAUAGAAUAAGAUGUCUUUCCAAGUUUAAGGUAUUUCUCCUGGCAAUAACAUGUGCAUUUAUAUCCAAAACACUAUCUGGAUCUUAUGUGAAUUCCAUACUCACACAAAUAGAGAGACAAUUCAACAUACCAACAUCACUAGUUGGAUUUAUUAAUGGGAGCUUUGAGAUUGGAAAUCUUUUUUUGAUUAUAUUUGUGAGCUAUUUUGGAACCAAAUUGCAUAGACCUAUAAUGAUUGGCAUCGGAUGUACGGUUAUGGGUCUAGGGUGUUUCUUACAGACUCUACCUCAUUUCCUCAUGGAUCGAUAUAAAUAUGAGUCUACGGUUUUAGGCAAUUUGUCCUCAAACAGUUUCUUGUGUACUGAAAAUGGAACCCAGGUUUUUAGACCAACUGAAGAUCCAUCAGAGUGUGUGAAGGAAAUGAAAACAUUAAUGUGGCUGUAUGUGCUAAUAGGAAAUGUGAUACGUGGAAUUGGUGAAACUCCCAUCAUGCCUCUGGGUAUUUCCUACAUAGAAGAUUUUGCCAAAUUGGAAAACUCUCCUUUAUAUAUUGGGUUUGUAGAAACUGGAACUAUCUUUGGUCCUUUGUUUGGACUUUUGUUAGCAUCAUUCUGUACAAAAAUAUAUGUUGACGUGGACUCUGUAAUCACAGAUGAUCUGACCAUAACUCCAGCUGAUACUCGUUGGGUUGGUGCAUGGUGGCUUGGCCUUUUGAUUUGCGCAGCAGUGAAUGUGCUCACCGCCAUUCCCUUUUUCUUUUUGCCCAAAACGCUUGCAAAGGAAGGAGCAAAGGAUAAUGCUGACAUCAUUAAAAAUGACAAAGAAGAGAAACAGAAAGAAGAGGUCAAGAAGGAAAAUGACAGGAUCACUAAAGAUUUUUUACCAUUCAUGAAAAAUCUUUUUUGCAACCCAAUUUACAUGCUUUUUAUACUAGUAAGUGUGAUACAGUUUAAUGCAUUUGUUAGUAUGAUGAUCUUCAUGCCUAAAUAUCUGGAACAGCAAUAUGGAAAAUCAACUUCCGAAGCAGUCUUUCUAAUUGGUAUUUAUAACUUGCCUCCAAUAUGCUUUGGAUAUUUAUUUGGUGGUUUAAUUAUGAAAAAGUUCAAGAUUACUGUCAAACAAGCUGCCCACAUAGCAUUUUGGUUAUCUUUUAUUGAUUAUCUUCUCUACUUUUUGUGUUUUUUAAUGAUCUGUGAUAAUUCUUCAGUUGCUGGAUUAACCGCCUCUUACAAAGGAGUGCAACAAGAUUCACAUGUUGGAAAUGUCAUCCUUGCUGACUGCAAUAUGGACUGUAACUGUCAAACUAAUAUAUGGGACCCCGUGUGUGGAAGCAAUGGGUUGUCAUAUAUGUCAGCUUGUCUAGCUGGUUGUGAGACAUUUGUUGGAACAGGACUAAAAAUGGUGUUCCAAAACUGUAGCUGCAUUCAGACCUUAGGAAAUUCAUCUGCAGUCCUUGGGCUGUGUGACAGAGGACAUGACUGUUCCAUGAUGCUCCAGUACUUUUUAAUCUUGUCAUCGGUCAGCAGUUUCAUUUAUUCUUUAUCUGCCAUUCCUGGGUAUAUGGUUCUCCUGAGGUGUAUCAAGCCUGAAGAGAAGAGUCUUGGUGUGGGAGUACAUACAUUUUCCACAAGAGCAUUUGCUGGAAUCCCUGCCCCUAUGUAUUUUGGGGCUUUACUGGACUCCACAUGUUUACACUGGCCAACUUUUAAAUGUGGUGAGUCAGGGGCAUGCAGGAUAUAUGAUUCUACCACCUUCAGAUACAUCUAUAUUGGAUUACCAAUAGCACUAAGAGGAUUAAGUUUUAUUCCUGCCAUUUUGAUCCUAAUUAUUUUGAGGAAAUAUCAUCUACCUGGUGAAAAUGCCUCUUUAGGAUCUGUGCCUGGAGAGGCAAAGGUUGCAGGGAAAGAAAAUGAAUGCCAAGAAAUGGACCAAAUUUCCAAAGUUUUGGAUAAUGAUGAAUUGAAAACUAAACUGUAGUGCCUUAUUAUAUCAUGUUUCCCAGUGUUGGAGUACACACUAUAACUUGUUUUUGAAAUCAAUAGAAGUACUGUAACUAACUUUUUCUUGUCUUUAAGAACCUCAAAAAAAGAUUUUUUUACACAAGAUGAAAAAAUGUUCACUGAUGGCAUUUCUGAUACAUUAAUAGCACUUGAGAUUUUUUUCCUCAAAUGGACAAUUUUAACAACCCUCCAAACAGGAGGUUAACGCCAGCUUUAUUUUUAUCUUAAAACAGCGAUUUCUCUUUUAACUUAUGUUCAUAAGAGUAUAUUUCUGACAUCUCCUUUUCCAAAUGAUUCUAAAAAUUUCCAGUUAUGAAAAUCUAUUUAAUUCCAUUAAAUUUCUGCUUUGAUAUUGAGGCUAUUUAGAGACUUAAAUUCUUAUCCUACUUAUGUGAAUAUUAAGUAUUUUAUUCAUAUUAUCACUUCCGAGUUCAAGAAGCCUAUGUCUUUUUGUUUUAUUUAGAAAUUGUUCUUUAACUCCUCCUAUUCAUUCCAUACGUGACUGUCUGAAAAUAGAUUGCUCAUCAGUGUGCCAUCACAUGCUUUCAGUUUGUUCCCUGCUUUAUGAGUCAUGCCAUGUAUUUGUUCUUUUGGUUCAGAGUACUGCCAAACUCAAUCAGGUUAUUAAAAUUCAUGUAGCAAAGAUGGCUGGGAUAUUUUUUCAGCAAUUCAAACCAGGUGACUCUCUCUUUAAAACAAGUGUCUAAGCCAGAGAAUGAAAGGGUAAUAUUAUAGAAACGCUGGUCCUUCAAGGCUGCUUGUAGUGAAGAUAUUGUCAAUGGAAUA